GAAAUGGCGAGGAGGCAUUACAAAGACGCAUCCCAUCUAUUACUACUACUAGUACAGCUCCUUCUACUUCUUUCCGGUGACGUCUUUACGGUUAAAUAAUUCUGAAAAUGCCUCGAGUGACAAGUUUGGCCCGCUGCGUCGCAGAUAUGACGAAAAAGACGUCCAAUCUUCCUGAAUCUUACAUCAAAAGGGCUAUGCAAGAGGUUGAGUGGAACCCACCUAAAGGUGUUCAGUACCGACCUGUUUCAUUAAGAAAGAAGAAGUUCACCUUCUCAGUAGAUAGGCCAUGGACCCAAGAGUUCAGGCAACAGAAUAUGCCAGGGAGACACAAGAAAAAAAUAUUUAUUGAACCUAUAGCAGAAUGGACAUUUUUUAAGGGUGACCGUGUGGAAAUCCUUGCUGGACCAGAUAAGGGCAAGCACGGCCUUGUAAAUUAUAUCGUUCAAGAGAGAAACUGGGUGAUGGUUGAAGGCCUCAAUUGUACAUAUGAAAUGAUGGGCAAGUCCAAGAAUUACCCAGGCAUGAUGAUGAAGAAAGAAAAUCCUCUGCUUGUGACGAAUCAGGUGGCACUGCUUGAUCCAUCAGACAAUCAGCCAACUCAGGCUGAAUGGCGUUAUACCGAAUCUGGAGAACGUGUCCGUGUAUCUGCACGAACUGGCAGGAUAAUCCCAAUGCCCAAACAAGCUGAAGAAACUCCCGAUUAUAAAACCAAGUCAUCUUAUCCAGAGCAAGACAAGGAUACUAAAGAAAAAGAGUUAACUCAAAUUACCUUCGAGCCCUCUCAUCGAACCUUUGAAAUGGACAUCAUGGAUAAAAUGGGCAUCAAAGAAGACAGAGUGCCAAGGAAAACUUUCUGGUAUUCAGUCCGGCAUCGCAAUUUCGAUUUCAAGGAAUUUUGAAUGGCUACAUAACUUAUUUUUUUUUAUGACAUGUAGUAGUAAUUCUGGAUUCAUGUACAUUUUAUGUAUCAAAUAAAGCAUUUUUCUCC